CCCGCGCCCGCCCCCGCCGCACCCCCCGGGGCGGGCGCCGGGCCGCUGUGACCGCCGGCUGGUGCGCUGCCCUCGCCUCCCCCAUUGUUCCUACUGUCUUUUUGCCUUUUGUUAUUUGCACUCGCAUUGUGUUGUUUGUCUCUGAAGCCGCCUCAUGACCAGCAAAGGGAUUUCACCUCGUCCUUGAGAGCCACACGGGGAGCGAGAGCGAGCGAGCGAGAGCCGGGGGGGAGAGGGACACGCGCGCGCGCACACACACAGACACACACACACAGAUACACACACACACACACAUACACACACAGAGUGAAAAAGGCGAGCCACCAAAACCCAUCUCCAGUCUCCUCCCGGGGGCCCCCAGCCCGCCACUGUGCCACUUUGCAUCCCACGCCAGAGGAGACAUUAAGGAGACCCGGUAAGGCUUUUUAAUCAGGCCGCAGUGUACAGACAUACUUCAAGAGGAUCCUUAGAAGUCUUGGACAAGCUUACCCUUAUGUGGCAGGUGCUGUGCUGGACACUGGUGACCCAAAGAUGAUGACAAAUAUGUUCCUGUCCAUAAGGAGCUAGCGAUCCACUGGGCACUCCUCUUGCUGAUGACACAAUUCCUCUGUGAAUCCGUUUACAAGAUUCUGAAAGCUGAACAGAGAAUUUUGGCACUGCACUGGGUAGGAAAAAGCCUUGCAAGAAAUAGAUAACAUCAAGGACAUCAGGAGAGGGAGAGAUUGGACUGGGAGACUCAGCAGGUAAGCUCCCUGGAAAUCUGGAGUCAUUUUUACUCACUACGUUCGACAAGAGAGCAAUGAAGAUGUCUUCCAAGCGACCAGCCUCUCCGUAUGGGGAAGCAGAUGGAGAGGUAGCCAUGGUGACAAGCAGACAGAAAGUGGAAGAAGAGGAGGGUGACGGGCUCCCAGCCUUUCACCUUCCCUUGCAUGUGAGUUUUCCCAACAAGCCUCACUCUGAGGAAUUUCAGCCAGUUUCUCUGCUGACGCAAGAGACUUGUGGCCAUAGGACUCCCACUUCUCAGCACAAUACAAUGGAAGUUGAUGGCAAUAAAGUUAUGUCUUCAUUUGCCCCACACAACUCAUCUACCUCACCUCAGAAGGCAGAAGAAGGUGGGAGGCAGAGUGGUGAGUCCUUGUCAAGCACGGCCCUAGGAACUCCCGAACGGCGCAAAGGCAGCUUAGCUGACGUUGUUGACACCUUGAAGCAGAGGAAAAUGGAAGAGCUCAUCAAAAAUGAGCCAGAAGAAACCCCCAGUAUUGAAAAGCUACUCUCAAAGGACUGGAAAGACAAACUUCUUGCAAUGGGAUCAGGGAACUUUGGUGAAAUAAAAGGGACUCCCGAAAGCCUAGCUGAGAAGGAGAGGCAGCUCAUGGGUAUGAUCAAUCAGCUGACCAGUCUGCGGGAGCAGCUACUGGCUGCCCACGAUGAGCAGAAGAAAUUAGCUGCUUCUCAGAUUGAGAAACAGCGACAGCAAAUGGAGUUGGCCAAACAGCAACAAGAACAGAUUGCAAGACAACAGCAGCAGCUUCUUCAGCAACAACACAAAAUCAAUUUGCUUCAGCAACAGAUCCAGCAGGUUCAAGGUCAACUGCCGCCAUUAAUGAUUCCCGUGUUCCCUCCUGAUCAACGGACUCUGGCUGCAGCUGCCCAGCAAGGAUUCCUCCUUCCUCCAGGCUUCAGCUAUAAGGCUGGAUGCAGUGACCCUUACCCUGUUCAGCUGAUCCCUACGACCAUGGCAGCUGCUGCCGCAGCAACACCAGGCUUAGGCCCGCUCCAACUGCAGCAGCUGUAUGCUGCCCAGCUCGCUGCCAUGCAGGUAUCUCCAGGAGGAAAGCUCCCAGGCAUACCCCAAGGCAACCUCGGUGCUGCUGUAUCUCCUACCAGCAUUCACACAGACAAGAGCACAAACAGCCCACCACCCAAAAGCAAGGAUGAAGUGGCACAGCCACUGAACCUAUCAGCUAAACCCAAGACCUCUGAUGGCAAAUCACCCACAUCACCCACCUCUCCCCAUAUGCCAGCUCUGAGAAUAAACAGUGGGGCAGGCCCCCUCAAAGCCUCUGUCCCAGCAGCAUUAGCUAGUCCUUCAGCCAGAGUUAGCACAAUAGGUUAUUUAAAUGACCAUGAUGCUGUCACCAAGGCAAUCCAAGAGGCUCGGCAGAUGAAGGAGCAGCUUCGGCGGGAACAACAGGUGCUUGAUGGGAAGGUGGCCGUUGUGAAUAAUUUAGGUCUCAGUAACUGCCGGACAGAAAAGGAAAAAACAACACUGGAGAGUCUGACUCAGCAACUGGCAGUUAAACAGAACGAAGAAGGAAAAUUUAGCCAUGCCAUGAUGGAUUUCAAUAUGAGUGGAGAUUCUGAUGGAAGUGCUGGAGUCUCAGAAUCAAGAAUUUACAGAGAAUCCAGAGGCCGUGGUAGCAAUGAACCCCACAUAAAACGUCCAAUGAACGCCUUCAUGGUGUGGGCUAAAGAUGAACGAAGGAAAAUCCUUCAAGCCUUUCCCGACAUGCACAACUCCAACAUCAGCAAGAUAUUGGGAUCUCGCUGGAAAGCUAUGACGAACCUAGAGAAACAGCCAUAUUACGAGGAGCAAGCCCGUCUCAGCAAGCAGCACCUGGAGAAGUACCCCGACUACAAAUACAAGCCGCGGCCCAAGCGCACCUGCCUCGUGGACGGCAAGAAGCUGCGCAUCGGCGAGUACAAGGCGAUCAUGCGGAACAGGCGGCAGGAGAUGCGGCAGUACUUCAAUGUCGGGCAACAAGCACAGAUCCCCAUCGCCACCGCUGGUGUUGUGUACCCUGGAGCCAUCGCCAUGGCGGGAAUGCCCUCCCCUCACCUGCCCUCAGAGCACUCAAGCGUGUCCAGCAGCCCAGAGCCCGGGAUGCCUGUUAUCCAGAGCACUUAUGGCGUGAAAGGAGAGGAGCCACAUAUCAAAGAAGAGAUACAGGCCGAGGACAUCAACGGAGAAAUUUAUGAUGAGUUCGAUGAGGAAGAAGAUGACCCAGAUGUAGAUUAUGGGAGUGACAGUGAAAACCAUAUUGCAGGACAAGCCAACUGAUAAGGGUCAAAAGAUUGUUGUGACCUUAGGACUUAAAGAAGCCCUAGCUGGUUCAUCCUUACCAGUGGCCAAGCACAUUAACUUUCUCAUACACUGACUGUUACUUUAACUGUUAGUCUUAAAUAGUUGGGACAUCAGCUGACUAAUAGACCUCAGCCUCAAAAGGCUUGGAAAGGAAAAAAAAAAAAAUACAAGCAAACAACAAUAUCAACAACAAGAGAUUGAAAUAAGCUAUGGGUAAAAUAAUGCCAGUAAUUCAGCUGCUACAUCCAAGCACUGAAGUCUUACCCGUCAACUUUUUUUUUUUUUAAUAAACUUUAUGGCUGUUUGUUCUACAAUGUUCUAGAAAUUCUCACUCAGGUACACAGUGCCAACAAGUGGCUUGUGAAUGUGUUUUGUUGUUUUGUGCUACAAUUUUUAAAAAAAAUAAGUUUUGUUUUGUUUUUUGGGGUUUCUGGGUUUUUUCCUUUUCUUUUUCUUUCCUUUCUUUCUUUUUUUUUUUUUUUUUUGUAAUGCACCUGACAGAAAAAAGAAAGAUGAAUUUCUCUUUACUUCUCUCCAUCUUCUCCAUCUCUAUACUUUAAAGAUGGAAGUCUGUGCAUGGGGGGGAAGAGGGAAAAAGAGCCUGUUUUUAACUUCCUUGCUAUCCACCACAAAAUAAGCAAUUAUUUUCUUUAGAGGACUUUCUUUAUCUAUUGCACACCACACUACAUCUUUGAGCAAGUGCCAAAUUUGUACUGAAGUGUUGACCCAGUUCCUUUUUUUUUUCCUUUCCUUUUUCCUGUUCCUUCUUAAGUUAGGACAGUGUUAUAUCUUAGACAAUCCCUUGAAAAACCUGAAAUACCAGCAGCUGGUGAGAUUUGACUUUUUUUUUUUCUUAAAUGGAAACUGUAGGUGCUGUUCUCAGGUGAAAAGAGAGAGAGAGAGAGAGAGACAUAAGAAAUUUAGAGAAAAAAAUAUUUUCUGAUCUUGGAUUUUUGUGUGUAUGUAUGUGUGUGAUUAUGGUACUAAUAGGGAUAACAUUGAACCAUUGUGAGUUAAACCCACAUCUGGGGAUGAAAUCCCACAUCCUCCUAAGUGACUGGUCUGGAAGCAACCUUGACCUUGACUUUGCACUUCAAAUGACAACCAAGAUAGGGCUCAGAAAUUAUAUUUUUAAAUUUCUAAUAUGAUUAUUAUUGGAUGGAUCAGGCGGCCCUGUGUAAUCGAGGUGUGCAUGUAUAACAUGGAAGCUACUAGCAAACUGUUCCCAGAUGUCCCUUCUUCCUGGUCAGUUGGUUCCACUAAUGUUUGCGACUUAAUGAUUUCUGUUUGUUUUUCCUAUUGAUAACAUUGAGCAAAGCAAUCCUUGUUUUCCUUGACUGUAUUUGGCCGUUUUCCAGAAACACAGAAUUAGCUUAUUUCUUCAACAUUCCAUCCUUUCCUGAUCAGGAAAUGGAACUGAUGAUUUUGUAAGGUAUUUUUCAUCUCUCCAUGAAAUGAGGCGGAGGCCAUUUGCAUUUCACAAUUGUGGGCCAUGUGCAUCCCAUCCCGUAAAAACCAGGAUUUGGUUAAAAGUCAGAGCAGCCUGACAGAAACAGAGCCUGGCUGAACCCAGUGAUCCUUGCCACCACUUUCCCUUGCCGUAAGACGAAUCCACAGAAGUCCAGUUUUUGGUUCCAGCCGAGGAUGUGCGUACAGCAACAACUCAUGGUGACAGAACUGCUUGUUUAGAUUUCGCCAGCCACACGCCUAGGCAGUUACAGGGCUUAUACAAAUAAAUGCAAAAUCACUUCAAGUCCAUUGCAUUAUUGGUACGGAAGCAUCAGUUCCGUACUCCAGCCGGGAGCUUGGAGGUGCUAUGGUUUUCACUCCAGUUCUCAUUUUCCUAUCCCACCCCUCAAACCUGACCCCAAAGUUUGAUUUUUACACAUAAAUAAGAAAAACAAAUCCUUUUUAUUUUUCUCUCUCUCAAAAGACUUGCUCUGGGGUUUUGCUUGGAGGAGCUGAUCAUAUCCUGCAUGUCAGAGAUUUUGUUUUGUUUUUCUGUUUGUUUUUGAUGACUGUAUUUUCAUUUGAACUGCCUCUUUUUGCUAGUGUUGUAAUGAUGAUGAUGAUAAAAUAAUAAUAAUAAUAAUAGUAAUAAUAAUAAUAAUGGUCAGCUGUUCCCAGAUUAGUAAGUUAUGUAUAAUUUAUUUCUCCCUCUCUAUUUUAUUCUCCUCUGAUUUGGAAGUGCAGCCAAUAAGCUGUUAGAUAUUUAAAACAAAUUUCCAUCUUCCAACUCAUAUAAAUAUAUAUAUAUAUAUUUAUACACACAUACACACACACACACACACACACACACACACGUUCACCCACACAAUUUUACUUCUCCUUCAGUAAGUUUUCUCCUUUUUAAAAAUUUGGCCCCAACAAUGUCAAGUUCUGGUGUCUCAUACAAAGGAGUGAAUAGGAGGGUCGUGUUCAAUCUUAAUUAACUUAUGCUCUCAUCACUCAUUUAGUUAUUUAAUUGCCACAGUCAUCUAGAGCCAAUUCUUUUUUUGUUUUUGUUUGUUGUUUUUAAGCACUCUGGAUAAGGAAAAAAAUAGACACUCGUUUUAUAUUGUUAUUAUGUACAAUGUGAAAACAGAUUUUUAAAAAUUUGUUCUUCGUCUUUGUUAACAAAUUCUGACUUAUGUGGGUUCACCUCUCACGUUUGCUGGAUACUUAUUUUACACCACGUUAUAAAGAUGCUUUGUUUUCAUUUCAUGACUUUGGGCUACAAGAAUACUUUGUUUUAGCUCCAGGUAGAGGCCACUGAGGGCAAUCACGGCUGAAACCAAUUCUAACGCACUUAGCAGUGAAUUGACAAAACACUUCUGUUUGGUCUUUUUUUGUUUGUUCUUUAUUUUGUUUUAUUUGAAGGGGAAAACGAAAUUGUUAAUGGUGACCUUUAACUGCUGAAAUUCAGAAGUUAAUUUUAUUUAGUUAGGUUGAUGUCAGAGAGGUUGCACCGUGGACGGACGGAAACGGGAAGUCCAGAGCCCCGAGUUCUGUCCUCUUGUGUCCUGACAUAGAAUUCACUGGGUAUUGUAAUUUCUUUGCCUUAGUUUUCCCCAAAAGAAAACAGACAAACCAAUUAUAUUGAUGUUUGAAGUGCUUUCAAGUCAUUUGAUAAAAGGUGCUAUGAAUAGCAAUUUAUUGUGUUAACACGUUGCCUUUUUGGCAUUCGAUUGGUUUAUCAUUUUUGUAAAGGAUCCUAAAACCUUGUAUUCUUUCUCUGUGCCCCAUGGUGAUCAAAAAAGCGAAGGUAGAGGAAAUCAGAAUAAGAUCAAUCUGAAAUGAAGAUAACAUUUCCCUCCUCGAUCCUUUCCUACCUCUCAUUCACAAAUCCCCACUCCCUUCUUUCUCUCUCUCCCUUUCUCUCUCACGUGCACGCAAACAUACACACACAUACACGCACACAGGCACACACUCAUUCCAGCCUGAACUCUCAUUUUAUUGCUAUUAUAAUAAAUUCCUCCAAAAAUAGCCAUGUUUUAAUAUGAAUCUAAGAGAACAUCACUAGAGAAAAUAGGUUAAAGUUGCUCAUUUACAAAUUACUAAUAAUUUGGCUGGUUACUGCAUUUGGAUAAAAGACAAAACUGUUCUUCAGUAGGUUUAUACCUAAAUUAGUUAAGUCAAUUUGUAACAUUUAUUUGGCAUCUGCAUUUAAAAGUUAACCAUGUAUAAAAUCCCUCCCAAAGAACAUAAUUAUUAUUGAAACCAAAUCCUCUUAUAAGUAACGAAUAUUAGAGAGUUUUCUUUGAUGAUGAAAUUAUUUCAUAGAUUUGAUUUUGGAGUAAACUUUUACCUUAAUUCAUUUAAAGACAAUUAUCUUUAACCAUUCUGUGGUCCCAAUUUCAGAUAUUUUCUUAAUCCAGAAGUAGUUACUCUUCCCAGAGAAAAUCUCUUUUAUCACAUUUAAAACAUCAAAAAAUAAUUUUCAUUCAUUCUAAUGGGUAAAUUAUUGAACUGUAAUAAACAACUGUAUAUUUACAAACAGAUUUAUAAACUAUUUGUCUAUCAAGUUAAUAGUAAAAUAAAAAUUCAGAGGUCUGCAAGGAAAAUUAUGAAGCCCACUUAAAGUGGUUCAGAUAUCUCUUCUAGGGCAUAAGUUUUUGUUUAGACAGGCUUUUACAGUAUUUAAUUUUAAAGUUUCCUAUAACUUUCAGUUUCCCAAGUUGAAGAUGAUGUUGUGUUAAGUUUUCUACUGAUUGAUUCCUGUCCUUCCCAGUGUUUCUGUCACUGGUUCACUAAAACAGUAUUUAUACAGCUCCACUGGCUCUAAAGCUCUUAGUCCUUCUAACAUUUUGGAUUUUACAAGUAAAAACGGGAGAAAAAUAGAAAAGAGACAAUCAAAUGCCUGGAGCUUAAAACAAAGUAUGUGCAACCUACCAUCUCACUUGAAAUUUAAUAAAAUAAAUAAUUAUGUAAAUAUAACAUAGAGUUAUAGAUUUAUAUUUUGUUCAUAACACAUAGUGUAAUAUAAGUUGUAUAUUUUCAUGUUUUUGGUUUUAUGUUACCAUUCAUGCCACAAUAAAAAUAAAACAGGAGUUUAUGUACUCUUAAAAAAAAAAGAUGUGGGUUGCCACCAACCUGUUUUUUGUUUGUUUGUUUUUUGUUUUUGUUUUUGCAUUCUCUUUUUUCAGUAUUACUGCCAUGCAAGGCACCAAUAAAAACAGCAAAUGUGUUCUUUACCUAA